UCCAGGAGGGCUUCGUGUAUGGAUCCCAAGCGUUGGAGGUAGCAGACUUUUCAGCAGAAGAAAAGAUGAAAAGGAGUAUGCAUUGAAGCAAAUUGAAGGCACAGGAAUAUCUAUGUCGGCUUGUAGAGAGAUUGCACUUUUACGAGAGUUGAAGCACCCCAAUGUGAUCGCGCUGCAGAAGGUAUUCCUUUCUCACAGUGACAGGAAGGUGUGGCUGCUGUUUGACUAUGCAGAGCAUGACUUGUGGAAACCAGCAAAUAUCCUAGUAAUGGGAGAAGGUCCUGAGAGGGGGAGAGUCAAAAUAGCCGACAUGGGUUUUGCCAGAUUAUUCAAUUCGCCUCUAAAGCCUCUGGCAGAUUUGGAUCCAGUCGUUGUGACAUUUUGGUAUCGUGCUCCAGAACUUUUGCUUGGUGCGAGGCAUUACACAAAGGCCAUUGAUAUAUGGGCAAUAGGUUGCAUAUUUGCUGAAUUGUUGACUUCAGAGCCUAUUUUUCACUGUCGUCAGGAAGAUAUAAAAACAAGCAAUCCCUUUCAUCAUGAUCAGCUAGAUCGGAUAUUCAGUGUCAUGGGGUUUCCUGCAGAUAAAGACUGGGAAGAUAUUAGAAAGAUGCCAGAAUAUCCUACACUUCAAAAAGACUUUAGAAGAACAACGUACGCCAAUAGCAGCCUCAUCAAGUACAUGGAGAAACACAAGGUCAAGCCCGACAGCAAAGUGUUCCUCUUGCUUCAGAAGCUCCUCACCAUGGAUCCAACCAAGAGAAUCACCUCGGAGCAGGCACUGCAGGACCCCUACUUCCAGGAGGACCCCUUGCCGACGCUGGACGUAUUUGCUGGCUGCCAGAUUCCAUACCCCAAGCGGGAAUUCCUUAAUGAAGACGAGCCUGAAGAAAAAGGUGACAAGAAUCAGCAGCCGCCGCAGAACCAGCACCAGCAGCCCACAGCCCCACCGCCGCAGGCCGCAGCCCCUCCUCAGGCGCCCCCGCCACAGCAGAACAGCACCCAGACCAAUGGGACCAGUGGGACUGGCGCGGGGGUAGGGGCCGCAGGCGCAGGGCUGCAGCACAGCCAGGAUUCAGGCCUGAGCCAGGUGCCUCCCAACAAGAAGCCGCGGCUGGGGCCUUCGGGCGCAAACUCAGGCGGGCCUGUGAUGCCGGCGGACUACCAGCAUUCCAGUUCUCGCCUGAAUUACCAAAGCAGCGUUCAGGGAUCCUCCCAGUCCCAGAGCACCCUUGGCUACUCCGCCUCGUCCCAGCAGAGCUCGCAGUACCACUCGUCUCACCAGACCCACCGGUACUGAGAGCUCCAGCCCAUGCCAGCCCAGAGCACAGACUCCAGCAAUAUGAUGUCUGCAUCGACAAGAACCAAAACGUGCAAACUAGGAUGCCAUAAGCUCACACGCGUGGGAGGAAAACCCUGUACAUGAACAUUUUGCAGGACUGGUGUCUCUUCUUUAUUGCGGUAAAGAAGAUUCUGUGAAGCUCCCCGGCACCCUCCCCCGCAUGUGCUCUGUUGUGACUUCAAUGAUGAAGCGUCUAAUCUGAUCCCAGCACUCUGUAACCUUCAGCAUUUUUUUGAAGGAUUUCCUGGUGCACCUUUCUCGUGCUGUAGCAAUCACUCUGAUUUAUCUUUUCAAAGCUCUUUUUAAUAGGAUUUUAAUGUUUUAGAAACAGGAUUCCAGUGGUGUAUAGUUUUAUACUUCAUGAACUGAUUUAGCAACACAGGUAAAAAUGCACCUUUUAAAGCACUACGUUUUUACAGACGAUGACUGUUUUGCUCAUGGAAGUCUUAAACAGAAACUGUUAUGUCCCAAAGUACUUUAGUAUUAUGUUUUUAUUUAUCUAGUUUCAGGGAAGGUCUCAUGAAAAGACAAGUGGUGGGACAGAGGAACCUACAACCAAAAACGGCCCGGAUCUCGCAGUUACUAUGCUUUAUGCUAGGAAGAACGGAAGUCUGUGGUGAUUUUUAUAUGCUCAUUCACAUGGAACUUAGUUCCUGAAUUGUCUUAUUCUGAGUGGUCUUCAAUAACUGAGAAUCAUAAUUUAACCUUCAUGUAGCCAAGUUACCUUCCAAAGGGUUUCAAGAGCCCGGAUAAAAUGAGUCUUGGAGGUCCACAUCAGAAUGCUCAAGAGAAAGCCAGUGGCACUAGGAUAUCUUUAAGGAGUAAUCUUGAUCAAAGGAUGUGGUCCUUCCCGCUGAAGGAAAAGCUUUCAUUGUGCAUUGUACCUAAAGCUGGCUUCUCUGCAGAACUGUUGGUUUCUCCUCAUCCGGGUUCACAUGAGUAACUUUCUUACAUAAUCAAGGGUUCUCAAGCAGAAGCCUGCAAGCCAGCCUGCUUUUCAAGUAAAGAGCGGUGGCCUCCAUUCGAAUCUGCAUUCAACAUAGAGUGACUAUUUUUAAAGCAUGUUAAAAAUUUAGGUUUUAUUCAUGUUUAAAGUGUAUUAUGUAUGCAUCAUUUUGCUGUUGUUACUGAAACUUAAUUCUAUCAAGGAUCUCUUCAUUGCACUGAAUGCUUUCUUUUGCCCCUAGGAGAAAACAUAAUCAUUGUGCCUAAAAACUAUGGGCAGACAGUAUGAGUCUACUAGAUGAGAUGAAUAUUUGCAUUUCCAUUGUCGGUGACCUGGUGGCCGGAUUCGUCCUUAGCCACUUCAGGGAGCCCCUCGCUCCGAGUCCGAAGGAAAUGUCAAGGCCUGAGCUCCCGCAGCGUAGGGGCAAGACGUGCAUGUUCCUCUGAAUGCUACUGGCAGCACCAGCCUUGUUUUAAACGUUUUCUUGAGCUAGAAGAAAUAGCUGAUUAUUGUAUAUGCAAACUAUAUGCAUUUUUAAACUAUUCUUUGUGAACUUAUCUACCUGGUUAUGAUACUCUGGGUCCAUACACAAGUAAAAUAAGAUUGAGACAGAAGCCAGUAUACAUUUUGCACUAUUGAUGUGAUACCAUAGCCAGCCAGGACCUUACUGAUCUCACGUGAUAAUGCCUAUUGAUAAGGAUAACGCUGUAGAGUGACGGUCAGCGAGACAGGCGACAUGUUGUAGUGGAAGGGUUUCCCGUGACCCUCCAUGGCAUUUUACCCCUCCAAUUGUUUAAAUAAGAAGUGAGCGGCCUCUGCAUAAUGUAGCUACCUAUAUGAAGCCCUGUCCCGUGCCCACCACUUCACUGCCCACGGCCAUUGGUCACCAGAUGUUCGCUACACCCUCACCAUGUGCCCCAAGGGCAGGGUGUACUUCCUGUCCAUAAGGGGCUUAUGGCUUCAGUAAGCCCUCCUGGGACAUCUGUGCCAUGUGAUUGACUUCUAAGUGAAUUCGUCUUAUAAUAGGACUGUCCUUUUGUUUACUCCUAAACCCAUUUGGGUAGUUAUUAUUCCAGAUUCUGUUCUGUGGUAAUCAGUGUCAUGAAAGGGUUUCUGUUUCUGUCCACCUUAUAGAAAGCCAGUGAUUAACUAUCACAAGGCAUCUGUGUGUGUUAGGAAUAUUCACAGCAGCCUUUCAGCAACAGUUAGGUGGCCCUUAUUGGCUGAACACACUCUGCUCAGUGGUUGCAGGAAGUUACAAUGAAAAUAGAAGCUCUGUUCCUGCCCUCAAGGGAGCUUAUAUUUAAUACAAGAAAACAGACCCCAGUAUAUAUAUAAACCAAAAUGCCAUGUCCCUUAUUACUUUAUAAGCAACUUGGGUAUACAGUUCUUAUGAUCCAUGCUUACGCAUUCACAGGACUAACCUGUUUUCCUCGUAUACAAUGAAUCUUACUGGCAGAACUGAAAUCUAAACCAUAAGGGGUUUUCAUCAGCUGCUCCCAGUGCAGGGGAUUCCCACAACACGGCCAGAAAUCCUCAGUUCACGCAUGACUGGAUUUCUUGUCACUGCCCUGGUACUGCCCUGGUACUGCCCUUCUUCCUUGCCUCAGGGUCAGCGAUGCCCACUGGUUCCCAUUACCCUUCGAAAUAAUUUUAGUUCAUACUUUUCUUUGCUAUUAAGACUAAAACCUUCAACACACAUAAGGGACCUCUAAGGAGACGUGUGAAGUGUUUUUGAGAGCAAAACUUACCUCUGUGGUCCCCAAGUAGUAAGUUUAUGAAAUACUGUUAUGUUCCCUGUGGACACAGGAGGGACAUCCCUCAGCCUGUGGGAACACCCAACCCAAGGAAGGAAGGAAUCAAAGUUUCCUGUGCUCCAUAAACCAGUGUUAGAGUUGGCUUCUGGUGAGGUGUGUGUGUGAAAAGGGGCUCAGGAGCUUCGGGACAGAUGAACUCAAGGUACAGUAGCUUGGCGGCAGGGUGGAUCCUGUGAGGCUGGAACGGUCCUCGUGAUGAAGUAGAUCAUGCAGCGAUGGACAAAGACCAACGAUCUGCCUAUUUUUAUGCGUGUGGUUUUGAGACUUCAGUACUCGGAACUGUGGCCCUCCGCUGCUCUGUUGCUCUUACAGACAGAAUUCACUCUUAAGAAUGGAGAGGGACGAUGUUUACCUGCAUGCUCUGCCUCUUUCCUGGUGAGGCAGCUGCUUGCCGGUUGCUCUCUAUGCCUCUAAAGUGAUGGGAAAAUAAUUGGAAAAUGAGACUUGCAGCUUGAUCUGCUUUUGAGUAAAUUAUGUAGCAGAAACUAUACAAUGAAGGAAGGAUUCUAUGAAAAUGGCAAAUCCAAAACUCUGGUGAUGUCUUCCUAAGGAGUGGGAAAUGGCAGUUAGACCAAUGCGAGCAUGAAGGAUGCAAAUACAAGUAAUAUUUUAUAUAAAAUAUAGCAGCUUAGGUCCCCACAAUCCUCAAGAUAGUCACAAAUAUCAUAUAACAAAGUUCAAUGUUAUAGGAUUUUUAAAAAUGUGUUGUACUUAAGGCCAUACUUACUCUCUGUGCUAUCACUGCGAAGGAGUGAUAUGUAUGUAUUAUAUGAAAAAAAGAUCCUUAAUGCACUGUUAUCUCCUAAAUAUUUAGUAAAUUAAUACUAUUUAAUUUUUUUAAAGAUUUGUCUGUGUAGACACUAAAAGUAUUACACAAAAUUUGGACUGAAGGUGUCCUUUUUAACAACAACUUAAAGUGCUUUUUAUGUAUGUUAUGUAGACUAUCCUUUCUAAACUGCCGAGUUUGUACAUUCUAUAACUCCUAUUUGUGAAGUGUACCGUUCUUGUCUCUCUCUUCGGUCGUCUCUGCACGCAUCCCUCUCCACAUGAUUACAGGGACAACUGGCGUGGCUGCCCCCUGCACGCGUGUGCUCGGAGCCACCUGCGCCCGGCAAGGCCCGCCCCACGCGGACAGGCUGAGCCGCUGCCUUGGAGCGAGUGCUUCCUGCUCUGGAGCUGUCCUGACAUCCUCCUUGAAACGACUGUUAAAACUAAAAUAAAUUACAUUGCAUUUAUUUUAUAUUCUUGGUUGAAAUAAAAUUUAAUUGACUUUG